GUCUAUGGUUUUUUUUAUUUGGUUUUUGGAAAUUGCGAAUCGCAACAUUUCUUUGCAUUAAUGCUCGACGGUCGUUGUCAUUGAAUUUUAUUCCUAUAAUAAUUAAUGGUUUUUAUAAACAUUCUGUGUAAUUAAUAUAGUAACUAAUAUAGACACAAGAUUAAGAUACGUACUCCAUUGUGAAAAGUGAAAUGGCCGCCGAGGUGCCUGUUUGUGAUGUACUUUGCGAGGCGAUGGAAUAUUUAUCCAAACUCGGCACUAAUUUACGAACACGAUCCGAAAGUCUGAAGGAAAAGAGAAUUAGUAAAAAUAAGUUAAGAAAUGCGCAUGCCGUUCAUAAAGCCGCCCAAAAAGUGCUUCUUAUAUGUGAAUUGUCUAAAAGAUCGCUGGAGAAUGUUGAAACCGGAGUGCGAAAAGUUCUGUCUAUAGUGAACGCAUCUCAGGCGGACACCGGUAAAGGCGGGAAAAACAUUGAUGUGAAAAAUCAUGAAACCAAUGAUAAGUUUUAUUAUUUUGAACAUGACUCAUUUAAAUUGCGCGUAUCCAAGAAAGUUCCAGUGAAGCAUUUUAGGAGUGUUAAAGUGCUUGCCAAAAGAAUGCCUGUCUCCAUGCAAGAAAAAUAUCCUGUAUAUUACGAUUGUAAACUUAAGCAACAGAGAAAAAAACAAUGUCGAAAACUGUUUGAAGAAGAGCAAGAAGUAACUUCAAAGAGGAGAUUAUCAACAUGUAGUCCUCGCAAAAAUCAUAUUAACAGUAAGUCUCAAGAUAGUCAAGAAGAUACAAAUGAAGUUGUUUUGUCUGAUGCAAGUGAAUCUAAUAAAUGUAGUAAAGAUGAGAAGUCUAGGAGAAAAAGUACUGUUAUUAACAUGCAGAAAAUAUCCCUAGAUGAAAAAACGGCGGAUGCUACUUCUGCCGAGGCAGUAGAAAAUGAAGAUGAAAAUUCCAUAAGUGAGAAGAGUAAGAAUGAACAAACGAGUAUCAAAUUAGUUUAUUCACAAACAAAAACUAGACCAGCAAGUGCUCAAGGUAAAGAAGAUUCGUCAGUAUCAGAACUAAUUGAAUCUUUUGCAAAUGUUGCUAAAGUCGAUGAUAAAAAAGCUACCCAAAGUAGUGAUAAAAAACAAGAAAAAGAAAAGGAAGCAAACAUUGUGAGGAAGAAGUUUAGUAAGAUCAAAAUUGUUGAUGAUAGCUCAGACAGUGAGAACUCUGUGAAAGAUAAAUCUAAGGAUUCCACUCAAACUAAAAUACAGUCUGAUAAAGAAGAUAAUGAGGAAACGGUAACAGAACCUAAAUCUAAAAAAAGUAAAUACUGUGAAAAUGAUAGUGACUCUAAGAGUAAGGCAGAAUUAGAUAAUAAUUCAAUACGAACAGAUAAUAGUGAAAAUGAUUCUAAACCUUUAAUAAGAUGUGUAAAUAUAACUAAGCUACUUAAACCUGACGUAGCUGGUAUAUUGAAUGGCAAGCAACAGAGAACAAGCAAACCACAACUAGCCAAAAAAAUGGGAAUGUGUGCCAGUAAGAAUAACAACAAACAAAAGGACCUAAGACAGUAUAUAAACGUAAAUAAUGAUUCAGAUGAAGAAUUUUGGACACAAAAAAGAAAAGAAGUCAAGUUAUUUAAACCUAAGAAGUUAACUAUAGAUAUAAAUAAGUUACCUGCUUUUACUGAAAAAUUUUUGCUUUGUCAUAAACUCCAAAAAAUUAUACAAGGCAGCAAAAUCAUUUAUGAGUUACCAAAAGUAAAUAACAAAGAAACUGAGCAGAAAGUGGACAAUAUAAAUGAGGUUAAAAAUGCUCUGCUUAUUGAAUCUGGAUCUGAAGACAAUGAGAGUAUGUCAAAUGAGGUGCGGAAUGUCAUAAACUCACUUCUUAACGAUUCUGAUUCUGAAUUAAAAGAUGAAGCUACUCAAAAUAGUAAAACAGAUAGUGAAAAAACUAGUCAAAUGAAUUGUGAUCAAUUAAUAGAUCCAGCAGCAAUAAAAGAUGCACUUCUAAAUGAAUCUGAUCCAGAAAAUAAUGAAAACACUGAUGUAACUAAAAAUACAACCAGUGAUACCAUUACCACAGAAAAUGAAAAAGAUGCUGACAGAAUUAAAAGUUCUUUGCUGAAUGACUCAGAUUCUGAUUGCAAUCAUAAAGAUGACAAGACUAAUUCAAAACCUGAUGACAAGCAUUCUGACUCUAAUGCUCCAGACGAAUCAACACUAGUUCCUAAAAUAAAGUCAUCUCUUUUACAUGAUUCGUCUGAUGCUGGUUCAGAGUCAACAAUGAUAAAAAGGAAGAAGAGAAAAUUAAGUAGGACCAAGAAAAAGCAUGGCUUGAAAAGUAUGCAAGCUAAAAAGACGCUCUUAAAUCAUUCAUUAAGUUCAGAUGAUGAAGAGCAUUCUCAGGAGCUUGAUGCAGCUUCUAAAAAACGCAAUUAUAAAGUUAGACGGAAAUCGCGUAUUUCAAGUUCCUCUUCUGGCAAGGAUAAUCUAAAUUCUAACUCAAAGGAUACAGGCAAAAGCGACAGGUCAUCAGGAGAGGAUAACAGUACUGACAAGCUUGAUGAACAUUCAGAUUCCAGAGUUAGCAAGAUGGUACGCUCUAAAGCAAAACCCAGUGGGAGCAGCGGCCAGAAUUCAGACAACCAAGAUGCAAGGGACAAAGAAAUUGAUGGACUAACAGACUUGAGUAGUUUAAAUAAACCACAUCGACGGCGCGACCCAUCGUCGAACAACACUGGCAGUCGGAGCUCUGCGAGGAAGAAUAACAAAUCAAAUUCCACGCCAGUACUGGGUGAAGACUUGCUGCAGGCUGCCAGCAGCUCUGAAGUUUCCGAAGAUGAUAAUGUCAUAGAAGAAGAUUUGCCUGCAGUAACAAUACCAGGACUCAAUGGUGAUAGCAUCAGUCACUUAGCUAAAGAUGACUUGCUGGGUGACAGUGAUUCUUCAGUCGCACCUGAGAAAGAACCCAGUGAACAUGAGGAAACCCAAAAUGGUGAAGAGUCAGAUGAGGAAAAUGUACAAUUAAAACGGCAACGCAAACAGAACGCGAUAUCAUCCGACUCGGAAGGCGGGACCUCGAAUCGUAAACAAAUUGACGAGGAUGUCCGAGUCAGCGACUUUGAAGACUCGGAAGACGAAAGCUCCGAGUCCGCUAAGCGCAAGCGGAAGAAGAAAGGCUCGGAAAGCGAUGGGUCUGUGGAGUCUGGGAAUGAUGGAGGUAAAAAGAAACGUCGACGUAUAAAACAAGUGAAAGACAGCGAUGCAUCUGGAUCGGACACAGAAAAUGAAGGAAGGAAUAAACAUGGCAGGAAGAAUAUACGUAAGGUCAUGGGUAAGAAUCAAUUGGAGGAGGCAACUAAAAAGGCAGCGCGCGAAGAAAAAGAGAGAAUGGCUCGUAUUACGGAAAGACAGAAAUUGUACAAUAACUUGGACUUUGACGAAUCUGGCAAACCAGAUGAAGUGGUUCUGGAGAAGGUGGUCUUGGAUUUCGAUCCUGAAACAAAAGAACCUCUGAUCGAGGUCGAUAGGGGACUUGUUAAAAAACUGAAACCACAUCAGGCGAACGGUAUAAAAUUCAUGUGGGACGCUUGCUUUGAGAGCGUCAAACGUAUCAAGAAGGACAAAGGCUCCGGGUGUAUACUUGCCCACUGCAUGGGUCUGGGUAAAACUUUACAAGUGAUAUCCCUAACCCAUACCCUGCUGAUCCACGGCAGCCUGACGGGCGUGAACCGAGUGCUGGUGGUGUGUCCGCUGUCCACCGUGCUCAACUGGGUCAACGAGUUCCGCAUGUGGCUCAAACAUGCACACUCCGAGUUCGAAGUUGAUAUCUAUGAGUUGUCCAGAUACAAGCAGAACUCUGAGCGAGCGUUCCAGCUGCAGCAGUGGCUGUCGGGCGGCGGCGUGUGCGUGCUCGGCUACGAGAUGUUCCGCAACCUCUCCGCCGACAACAACCGCAAGUUCAAGAAGAAGAUGCUCAAGAGCUUCCAGGAGAGUCUCGUCGAUCCAGGACCAGAUUUGGUGGUUUGCGAUGAAGGGCAUCUCCUGAAGAACGAGAAGACCAGUCUAUCGCAGUCCAUGAACAGAGUGAAGACGCGACGCCGCAUCGUACUCACCGGCACACCGCUACAAAAUAACUUGAAAGAAUACUACUGCAUGGUAACAUUCGUGAAGCCGAACCUGCUGGGUAAAUACAACGAGUAUCUGAAUCGCUUCGUGAACCCGAUCACCAACGGCCAGUACACCGACUCCACGGAACAUGACAUCAAGAUCAUGAAGAGACGGUCGCAUGUACUGCAUAAAAUGUUAGAUGGAGCUGUACAGAGGAGGGAUUACGGGGUGCUGGCGCCUUUCUUACCUCCGAAGCACGAAUAUGUGUUGUUUAUAACUCUGUCGGAAGUGCAAAUUAAACUUUAUCAACAUUAUUUGGAUAACUAUUCUAGAAGACCGUUACCGGGCAAGUCGUCGGGCUUCCUGUUCCCCGACUUCCAGUCUCUACAGAGGAUAUGGACGCACCCGCUCGUGCUCAAGUACAACUCUGAGCGAUAUGAGAUUAUGCAACAAAAGAAGAGGGAGAGAGAAGAAGAAGAGUCUGAAGGAUCUUUAGUUGAUUUUAUAGAUGAUGAUUCUACUCCAGAAGAGACUUCAACAGAAGAAUCUUCUGAUGACCUAUCAGACAUGAGCGACGAUAGCCGCAAGAAGAGUAAGAAGAAGAAAUCAGCCAAGAAGAGCAAAGCGAAGGAGUCGAAAGUGGGCACGCGGCGCGGGACGCGGGCCAAUCCAGGUAGCGUUGAAGUGGAUGAAGAAGACCAAGACAUAUCUGAAGUAGUGGAGGUCCGCAACGAGAACCCGACGGAGUGGUGGAUCAAGCUGGUGGACGAUGAAGAAUUAGAUGACAUGCGGAACUCACAUAAACUUGUGUUGUUGUUCGAUAUAUUGAGGCAGUGUGAAGCUAUUGGGGAUAAGCUGCUGGUGUUCUCGCAGUCGCUGUAUUCACUAGACCUGAUAGAACAUUUCCUCGGCAAAGUGGACGAGGCCACGCAGGAGGGACGCAUCGACGAGAAACUAGGAGGACAUGUCGGUUCUUGGUCACCGGGCGUGGAUUACUUCAGACUGGACGGCUCUACUUCGUGUGAGAACAGAUCUAUUUGGUGUAAGAACUUCAACAAAGAGGAUAACCCGAGAGCUAGAUUAUUCCUAAUAUCAACCCGUGCCGGUGGUCUGGGCAUUAACUUGGUGGCCGCCAACCGCGUCGUUAUAUUCGACGUGUCGUGGAACCCCUCGCAUGAUGUGCAGAGCAUAUUCAGGGUCUACCGCUUUGGACAGAAGAAACCUUGCUAUGUCUACCGGUUUUUGGCUAUGGGCACAAUGGAAGAGAAGAUCUACGAGCGUCAAGUAACAAAGCAGGCGAUAUCUAAACGCGUUAUAGACGAGCAACAAAUAGACCGGCACUACGCAGAAAACGAUCUCGCCGAGCUGUACAAGUUUGAUGCUAAACCUGACGAGCCGCGGCCGCUGCCCACGCUGCCUAAAGAUAGAUUGUUUGCCGAGAUGCUGAAGGAGCAUGAGGCACAGAUCUACAAAUACCACGAGCACGACUCCCUACUGGAGAACAAGGAGGAGGAGACGCUGAGCGAGGAGGAGCGCAAGGCGGCGUGGGAGGACUUCGAGAACGAGAAGAACCGCCCGCCGCCCGCGCCCUUCCCCGCCGCCUGGCCCAUGCACAACGGCAUGGGUGAGGUCCCCGGGCUGCUAGCGCAACAGCAGCAGCAGUUGGCGUACGCAGCACUGGCGGCCAUGCUGCGCAAGGACAUGCCCAACAUCAACGACAACCAGAUCCGAGACAUGCUGCCGCUCAUAUACAACUCUAAUCCAGGGCUGAUGCAGAAAAUGAGUGAAAUAUACAAGUACACUCAACCGGGAAUGAUGAAUUCUGGUAUGAUGAACCCCGGUGUUAUGAAUCCAGCGGCAGGUGGUAUGGGCGGCACGAGCGGGCUGCAGUACGAGCCGCCGUGGCAGCGCCAGCAGCAGCAACAACAACAGAUGCGUCUUCAACAACUCAUGCAACAGAACCAAAUGGGCGCGAAGUUCUACGCGGGCGGGCUCGGCAGCCGCGACCCCGUCGCCAUGGCGCUGCAGCAGCAGCGAGCGCGCGAGAUCAUGCUGGGCGGGCCCGGCGCCGGCCGCCCGCGCGGCCGCCCGCCGCUCGCGCCCCGCCAUCCGCCUGCCCAGGCGCAGGACGUCGUCAAUCUAGACUCCGACUAGACUGGUAGUGAGAGAAGUGCAAUGUGGACCGAUGUGUACAGUGAACGAUAAUAGGUGCUACACUGCUAUAUGGAGUGGGUGUAGUCGCCGCGACUCGCGAGUCUACGCGCUCUGCACUCAGGGUAUCAUCUGGCCAAAAUACACUGAUAUUUUGGAGUGUUAGAACUCCAUAUAUGUAGCUUUUCGCCUUGAGGCUUGCGCUCUUAAUGCUACAUAUCAAGAAUCUCAGUAUUUUAUUUGUAGUUCAGACCAUUUAGAUUUUAGCCGUGUAAUCUCCAUAUAAUUUCCUAACGAAUAAUUGUGGCGUCCACAUAUCAAUGUUACUUCACUUUGUUUCGUUAACAUCAACAACAGCGGAAGCCUAAGGCGUAGUUUAAUAAAUGAUACGGCGCACAAGUUUGGUCAUAUUUUAAGCUUCGUAAUGAUAGUUGUGCUCAGACUUGAAAUGUGACACUUGUGCUUGCGGGAGUUAAUAUUCUACUUUCUGACACUAUGUGUGAGGAUGACAUAGGGACUAUCGAACAAACGAAGCAUCCUAGGGAAGCUACUGGAAACUAUGUUCCUGAUGCUUAUUCAUUAAUAAAACAAUCAAUAAACAUGACAAAAUCUUUAAAUCAAGUAGUUAAAGGAGCCUGGGAACACUGGUUGCAACUAUUCAACCUAUAGCCUACCAAGAGGCGCCAGACUUCAAUACAGUAUGUGGUAGCUAAUAUUCAUAUUGUGUAUAUUUUGUAACUAUCCAAGUGUUUACGAAAAUAAUAUACAGAAUGUGUUUGUAUGUGCUCCUGUCGUAGGAUGCUUCAGGUGUCAGCUUGAUAAAUUUUAACUAUAUCUCUCAGUACAGGAAAUUAGUGAUAAGUUAUAUGUUGGUAGUUAGAAAAACUUCUGUGUGUCUAACAUAGUAGUGGCCGCGAGAGUGCACAUGGAACUGUAUGAUCUUACACAAAUAGGAGUAGUGAUCAAAUGGAGUGCUAAUAUACAUUUUUGUAACAGUGUUUGAAGGUGUGAGACGACACAGAACGAAGUCGGCAUUUGUACUGUGCAUUCCAUUUGUUUGCUAAUCUGUGUCAAGCACCCACUAUGUAACAAUAUAGUGAUAUAUACUCUACAUAUAGUUACUGCAACACCAAUCUAAACUUUAAUGUUAUUCAUUGGUUUGUGUAUAGUAUAAUCAAUAUUUUUGAUUCUAUAAUUACUUUAAAAUGGAACACAAUUAUUAUCAACUUAGCACAUAAAUCAAUAGUAACAUUGAUGUUUAAUUUUAAGAUUAGAGAAAAGUUAUUUUGGUGAAGUUAUCACAUAUUUUGCUGUUUGUGGCACAUCUGAUUUUAAACAGAUCUGUUCUAAAGAAAUUCCCUUAUGAUAGUGUAAUUUAAGUUGAUACAAAUUCUACUCACAUGAAUGACAAGUGACUUGUAGGUGGAGGUUUAUAACAACUCCAAAAUUUAUUCUCGAAUAAGGAUUUGCAAAUGAAUAUAUUUUCGUCUUGCAACUCGUAAUCAGUAGUUAAAAGCAUAAUUCCAAAUACACAAUGACCAUUAUAUUCCAUUUGUUUUAUAGUUUACAAAAAACUGUACUCUUAGAUGUGCUCCCAAAAUAUUACUUAUGUAUUACUGGAAUACAAUACAUACUGUUACUUUGAAACUUUACGUGAAUCACUUUUCGUUUGGGCCUUAGCAAUUGUUAAAUCUAUCUAAAACUUUGUACUGACAUAAAAUCAUAGUGCAGUAUAACUGUGUUUAUUUGCAAAUAGUUUAUUUAGUGUGUCUUGUGCACAUCACUGCGGGAUUAUUUAAGUGAUGUUUAUUUACUGUAUUUAUUUGCCUGAUACUGAACAGGCAGUUUAGUUGUGAUAUUGCCUAAUAUUAAAUUUUUGUAUACGUUUACUUUAAAUCGUCACUGAUGUGACUUAAAUAUUAGAUGCAACAAUCUUAGAGCAUAUAAUUUAGAAUACAUUCAUACCCAUAGCGUAACACAGAAAUUGUAGUGCAUUUCAAUUUGCGAGUUUGGUAUAAUUAUUGAUUUGUGGGAAAUUCUGAUUGUUUUCUUAUAAUUUUGGAUUAUUUUACAGAUUUUUUAUGCUUAAAAUGUUAUUUAUAAUUGUAAUGUUAUUAAUAAAUGAGCAGUAUUUCAGUUAGGUUUAAGUCAUGUUAUAACCAUUAUCACACACAGCCCCAUAGUUUAUUUUUGUUUUUAUACAACUACUAAACAAUAGUGUUGCUACAUGAAUAUUGUGAGGUUGCUACACUCGAGUGAGGACUGCUGUAAUUGUUUUAUUAUUUAUGUAAUAUAUAAUAUAAUUGUAACUGUAGAGAACUUCCUAUUAUUUUGUAGUACAAUCAAAGUAUAAUAAAUGAUUCAGAAAUGUGUAAAA